UUUUCUGUCCUACGGAUCACGAAUCAUAAUGUUCGUUGCCAGAUUGACGUGCUGCAGAUUGAGUCCGGAAUGGUUGGUAGAUGAACGUGGAUCGCAUAAUUUCGCCUACGAUGGGCAAAUUAAAAUCAAAUUGUUUCAGUGACAUUGACAAGAACUACAGGGAGGAAAUCUUUUAAAGAGAACAAGAAGCAAACAUACAACCAAUCGAUCUUAACUGACGUAAUAAUCUGCGGCUCGAAGCAGUGUGUUACAAAGUUUACUUUUUGUUUUAUAACAUUUUUUGUGCACUGUUAAAACGUAAAAGAUUGUUGGCAGGACAACGCCCAACGCGAAUAUGAAAAUCAACGAAAAAAAUCUGUGCAUGUUUGCCACAACCCCACCAGUCGAUCUAGAAGGUUGGCUAAACAAGCGGGGCGAGAUGAACAAGAGUUGGCAGCGGCGAUGGUUUGUACUUAAAGGAAAUUUACUGUUUUAUUUCGAAAAGCGGGGUGACAAAGAACCGCUUGGUAUGAUCAUAUUGGAAGGUUGCACUGUCGAGCUGGCCGAAGAAGGCGAGCAGUACUGUUUUCAGGUCAUCUUCCACGGUCCAAACAAUCGCACGUACUACCUAAGUACGGAAUCACAGUCUAACAUGGAGCAAUGGAUGAAGGCGCUCACCUGCGCCGGAUACGAUUACAUGAAGCUCAUGGUAGCUGAGCUGCAGCGGCAAUUGGACGAGAUUGAGGGACAGUGCCGGGAAAAAACGCCGGACACGACACCACUGCCACCCCCUAAGGCGCCUCCCAGACGACAGAAUCCUUUCAACACACCCACACUAACCACCGAGUAUGCCUCAAAUGCAGCUUUCGGCAGCAUCAGCAGUGACAAAUCUUCUACUUGGAUUAACGGAACAGCUACACAACAACCGCCUACAUUCAACCCUACGGGAGAUGAAUCAGGAGUCGUGGAAGAUCCUUCGCCUUCGACUGUCGUCUUAGACUUCGUGGAACCGAAAGCGGCCGUUACUGCAGCACACUUCUCAUACAAAGAACUAAUGACACCGACCUCGGUUAGCAUGCCAGUAUCUAGCAUUGAUGGGCACCUAACUAGCGUCCGAGACAACGGCAAAUGGUCAACCAGUGAAGAAGAACGACGUAGUGGGUGUCUCGUACAAACAGAUGAAAAAAGCGAUUUUAAAAUUGGGAGAGAAAAAUCGAUAACGAUUGAAGCUUCUGAGGACCAUUCGGAUGGUGGCCAAAAGGAUAUCUUAUUAGGUGAUGUUUCAACCGCAGCAACCCACUACUCUUUCGAAACGAUGCACUCGACUCUUGGGAUUCCGAUUUUAGCUGAUUUGAGCAAAUGGAAUAAAAACCUCCAGGUUCAGCACCAACAGAGCAAGGAACACCAGUAGGAGGAAGGAAGCAUAUAGCCAAUUCUUUUCAACGUUGUCGUUGUGCACGAGUUUUUUCGGUAACGACUUCAACUUCAGUCAAAGUGUUCAUGGUGGAAGAAAAUGAAGCAUGUAGAAUGACAAUUAUUUUCAGACCGUGUUGGCACGUUCUGUUAACACCAACGACGAACAGGAAGUAAGGAUAUGAAAAUUAAGCCACACUUCAGUGCAAAUAUUGACAAUGUGCUCCUAAAAAGAUAAAUUGUAUUGCGUAGAUGGAGAUUUUUUGACAAAUUCUUCAUGUGGGAAUAUGACUAAUCAAAGACAACUUCAAAACUACGUGAUGUAUUCCAAUAGAUGUUUCAUGUUAUUGUUUUGGUUCCGCUGUUGUAUUUACAACAUCUAUAAUAUACUCAAAAAGUCAAAGAUGUUAGAGUUUCCGAUGCAUUGGGAAACUGUUACUAAAAUUGGAAGCAGACAAGGAGUUUUGCAGCAGGCAUGUUGUGCUUGCUUAUUUCGUCAUGUUACGUCGAAUUAAUCAUAUAAAUAAGAAAACCUGUGCUAAAAUACAACUAAUCUCGCAACUUACAUUAUUUUGAUAGUUCUCUUUCUCCAAUCCUUGAGCUAUUUCUGAUUAUCUGGAGAGAACAUUAUGUAGUUAGCUUCAACUUUACAUUUCAAUGUGUUUUUAAUGGUGGAAAUGAUUGGAACGUAAUUCUUAUGAAGCUAACGAGCAGCACUGAAGAGUAGAAGUUUGAAUUCGUUUCGCUUCAUUCGUUGUGUAUGCAAGUCCAUUAUGGUGACGCAGUCAUCAUUCAUCACCAUUCUUAUCAGAUUCGUUGUCCUCGUCAUCGUAAUUAUUAUUACAUUAUCUCCCCUUUUCAGCAGCUGCCAAACGUGGUCGAAAGCGGAAGCCUCUCGAAUCGCACCUGUAGUUUAAGAGCUUCCAACGUCACUUUGCUGCCAUAGGGUAUCGCAAUACAAGUUUAUCUUACUUUUGCCCGCUGUUGUGUCUGGAGUAAAGCAGAUUAUCAGGAUUACAAAACAUGUAGCAAAACAAAAGUAAGCAAUUUAUUGCCAGGAAAAGCUAAGUUUGAUCGGAGAAAAACUAAGACCGAAUGGGGGAAAAAGAAGACCGAUUGAUAAUAUUUUCUUUUUAUUGUAAGUAACAUUUUAAGUAGCAACCGUGUUCUCGUGCCAAAAAACAAUUUUAUCGAGCACUUGAAGUAAAAAUAAAAUAACACGAUC